CCCACUCAACCAAACCAAACCUCCCACUCUCAGUUGAUUCCAUCACAAACCGCCCUCCACACCGUCAUGGAUCUUCUCCUGCUAGAGAAGACCCUUUUGGGACUGUUUGCAGCCAUCAUAGUUGCCAUCGUUGUUUCUAAAUUACGGGGCAAGAAAUUCAAGCUCCCUCCAGGCCCAAUCCCAGUUCCCAUUUUCGGAAACUGGUUACAAAUUGGUGAUGAUUUGAACCAUCGCAACCUCACUGACUACGCCAAGAAAUUUGGAGAAAUCUUUCUUCUGAGAAUGGGCCAGCGCAAUCUUGUGGUGGUAUCAUCCCCUGAACUUGCCAAAGAUGUCUUGCACACCCAGGGGGUGGAGUUCGGCUCCCGCACCAGAAAUGUGGUGUUUGAUAUAUUCACCGGCAAAGGCCAGGAUAUGGUCUUCACCGUCUACGGCGAGCAUUGGAGGAAGAUGAGAAGGAUUAUGACUGUCCCCUUUUUCACUAACAAAGUUGUUCAGCAGUAUAGGCACGGUUGGGAGGCAGAGGUUGCCCGUGUCGUGGAGGAUGUUAAGAAGAACCCUGAAUCCUCCACCAAUGGGAUUGUCUUGAGGAGGAGGUUGCAGCUCAUGAUGUACAAUAAUAUGUACCGAAUCAUGUUUGAUUACCGAUUUGAGAGCGAGGAUGAUCCUCUGUUUAAUAAGCUUAAGGCUUUGAACGGAGAGAGGAGUAGGCUGGCUCAGAGCUUCGAAUAUAAUUACGGUGAUUUCAUUCCCAUCUUGAGGCCUUUCUUGAGGGGUUACUUGAAGAUCUGUAAGGAGGUUAAGGAGAGGAGACUGCAGCUGUUCAAGGAUCACUUCGUUGACGAAAGGAAGAAGCUUGCAAGCACAACAAGCAUGGAUAGCAACAGCCUAAAAUGUGCCAUUGAUCAUAUUCUUGAAGCACAGCAGAAGGGAGAGAUUAACGAGGACAAUGUCCUUUACAUUGUGGAAAACAUCAAUGUUGCCGCUAUUGAGACAACGUUGUGGUCAAUUGAAUGGGGCAUUGCGGAAUUGGUAAACCACCCACAAGUCCAGAGGAAACUGCGACAAGAGAUUGAUACCGUGCUUGGACCUGGUGUGCAAGUCACUGAACCCGACACCCUCAAACUACCAUACCUUCAGGCUGUGGUCAAGGAGACCCUCCGACUUCGAAUGGCAAUUCCUCUUUUGGUGCCUCACAUGAACCUCAAUGAAGCCAAGCUGGGCGGGUAUGAUAUUCCUGCCGAGAGCAAGAUUUUGGUCAACGCUUGGUGGCUCGCAAACAACCCAGAGAACUGGAGGAAGCCAGAGGAGUUCAGACCAGAGAGGUUUUUGGAAGAGGAGUCUAACGUUGAUGCCAAUGGCAACGACUUCCGAUAUCUUCCAUUCGGUGUUGGAAGGAGAAGCUGCCCUGGAAUCAUCCUUGCAUUGCCAAUUCUUGGUAUCACUUUGGGACGCUUGGUGCAGAAUUUUGAGCUGUUGCCUCCUCCAGGGCAAUCCAAGAUUGAUACCGCAGAAAAAGGUGGACAAUUCAGUUUGCACAUUUUGAAGCAUUCCACCAUUGCCUUGAAGCCAAGAUCCCUCUAGACGUGAUUGUAACUGUGUGAUAAAAUCGGUUUAUUGCAAAUUACAUUAAAAUUGUCAGUGUGUGAUUUUGAAACUCUUUUAAUGUGUAGACAUUCGUUCACAAUCUAUGUAUUCGCAAAGACGUUUUUGCCAUAAAUCUGUCGUACAAUCAGGAUCUGAUAUAAGCAUUACCGAAGUCAAAGAACAGCA